CAGCGGCGGCGGCGGCGGAGCAUCAUGACGGGAACCGGAGCGGUGACGGUGCUGCUGGGCUGCGCUUGUGUGGCGCUCAGCUCUGCCUUGUUGCCUCACGUGGAGCGAUACGAGGUGGUUCGACCUCGCAGACACCAGCAGAGACACAGGAGGAGCCUGCAGGACGACCAGUUUUAUCCCGACACCGUUCGGUACGAGUUGACCAUCGAGGGGAGAAACCGCACGAUUCAUCUGGAAAAAAACUGGAAUCUCAUUGGGAGAGACUACACGGAAACACGAUAUUCAGAGGAUGGAAGACGAGAGAUGACAUCGCCGAAGGAGGACCACUGCUACUACCACGGGCGGGUGGAAGGCGAGGCCGAGUCCUCGGUCAGCGUGGGGAUCUGUUCCGGCAUUAGCGGCUUCGUGAGAACUCAGCAGCGGGUUUAUCUGAUAGAACCUCUGGAACGAACCGACGACGGGGAGCAUGCGGUUUACAGACGGGAGCAUCUGAAGGUCAGCGGCGGCGUGGCCUGUGGAUCAUCCAACGGCAGCACCAUGUACGACCAGGACCAGGACCAGGACCUGGACCAGGACCAGGAUCUGGGCCCGCGGCUCGCCGGCCUCUUCAGGUCCAGAUCAUGGAAAACUAAACCAGUGGCGGGUCCAGAGCGGUUUGUGGAGCUCUUCGUGGUUGUGGACAAUGCCGAAUACAAACGCUAUGGAAGCGAGACUAAACCUCGUAUCCUGGGAGCUGUAAAUCACAUCGACAAGCUGUAUCGACCUCUCAACAUCCGCAUCAUGCUGGUGGGUUUGGAGAUCUGGACGUACAAAGACUUCAUCGACGUCCACGUCAACUCAGAAAUCGCCCUGGACAACUUCCUGGUGUGGCGUCAGGCCGACCUUCUGCGCAGGAAGGAGCACGACAACGCUCAGUUUGUCACCGGCAAAGACUUCGACGGAGACACGGUCGGACUCGCAAACAAGUUCGCCAUGUGCACCGAAAACUCAGGCGGAGUCAACCAGGAUCACCACGACAACCCCAUCGGCCUCGCCUCCACCAUCGCUCACGAGAUGGGACACAACUUUGGUCUUUCCCACGAUGCAGCGGGAUGCGUUUGUGGUCCUUACAGCAGCGGCAACUGUGUGAUGGCAGAAAAACUCCGGACGGGAAGCGCGGCGUUUCCGGAGUUCUUCAGCGGCUGCAGCGUGGAUCAGCUGGCCGAGUUCAUGGAGCGAGCUCAACCCAGCUGCCUGCACCGGCCGGCCUCGGUGCGGACCCUCGCCGUGGGCCCUCGCUGUGGGAACGCCCUGCUGGACCCCGGAGAGGACUGCGACUGCGGCACCGUGGAGGAAUGUACCAACCCGUGUUGUGAUGCGUCCACCUGCCGGCUGACUGAAGGCUCUCAGUGCGCUCAUGGACAGUGCUGCGACAGCUGCCAGCUGAAGGCGUCCGGCAGCGUCUGCAGGAAGUCGGCCAGCGACUGCGACCUGCCUGAAUACUGCACCGGAGAGUCCAGCGAGUGUCCCGAGGACAGCUUCGAGAUGAACGGCAAACCCUGCUACAGCCACCGCCAGGGCUUCUGCUACAACGGACGCUGCCCGACCCGGGAGCAGCACUGCUGGAGGCUGUUUGGACCAGGAGCCAAAGAUGCACCAGAUAUCUGCUACAACCUCAACAAACGGGGCGAAGAAGGUGCAAACUGUGGGAAAAGCAAGUUCGGCUUCACUCGCUGUGCUGAAGUGGAUCUAAAGUGCGGCUCGAUAUUCUGCGAAGGCGGCGGCGAGUCCAUCAGCGGUAAACGAGCCGCUUACACCGUGUUCGGCCGAGAAUGUAAGCUGGCCGUGGAGGACGACAAGAGCAGGAACAUCGACAUGGUGCCCAAAGGAGCCGCAUGUGGACCCAACAAGGUUUGCCUCAACAACAAAUGUGUGGAUGUUUCUGUUUAUGGGAAAAAGGAGGAUUGUUCCAAGAAAUGCAACAGCAACGGGCUUAAUUUUAAGAGCCACUCAAAGAUAAAAGGGCAUAAAUUGUGCAUGAACAGGGUUGUAACUGCUGUUCUGUUCCCUGCAGGUCAGAGUGGGAUCAUCGCUGGUGUUUGUGCAGCUCUGUCCAUCGUGCUGCUUAUCACUCUGGUGGUCGCAGGACUCACCUGCUGCAAGAAGGACAACAUGGACAACUACACCUCCAAAAGGAAAGUGCAUUCAGCUCCAGACAAGCUAAACCCGAUGUUCCAGGAGGGCGGCGUUAAAGACAGACCUCAGAUCAGUCAGCCCACCUUCAUGGAGUCGACGGCGACGCAGGCCUGCAGUCCUCUGGUGGUCACCGCGACUCCCUGCAGACCUGCUCCUCAGCCUCCAAAGAAAGCGUCUCUGGUGUCGACGGAAACUGAGCCGAUCAAACCUCUACCUCCAUCUAAACCUCUACCGGCACUGGAUAAAACACAGUACAAAGCAGCCAGAUCCAGCCCUCCUCCCGUACCUCCGGUCAAACCCAGCCCUCGUCCAGCCGCCAGAUUCAAACCCGCGACUCCUCCUCAGCCUCCAGCGAAGCCUCAAGUCUUCAGGCUCACAUGAAACUCUCUUUAAGACUUCCAGCUUCUACCAAAGCGUUCGGCGUGUACAUACAGACAGAGACGAAUCCUCGGCAGCCUCUUCUGGUUGAGUCACGGAGGCCGGAGAGUUUGGAAGAGUUCCCUCUUCAGGAGGUUGCUCAGAGCGAAGCUUCACCGAAUGACAACGUUCAAAGACACGAGACCAACGGCUGCACGGCUGCUGUGGAAAAGUGAUUAUUCUGGUGCAGUUGUGAUCAUUCUGAGUUUGUAAACUGUCCUUUUGCUCACUUUUUGUCGCAUUGCACUUUUUUAAGACGCUCAAAUGAAAAUGUUGUGAAGUAUUUAUUUAAUGUUUAUAUCAGGGACUGUAUGAAAACUGUUAGUGGGAAAGGCGGGGCAGGUUUAUCUAGAUUUAUAGUUUAAUUUAGCUUUACAUCGAGCUGCCUAAAGCUUGACUAACACGUUAACAUCGUACGCCGUGCUACGUGUGGAGAUUUUUCUUGUACUUUAAACAAACCAGAGAGUAAGAGUUUAGUAACAUAAUAUAAUGCAGGCUUGAGCAGAUGAAAUUACGUCAGUCAAAUCACACUGACCUUACAAAUGCAUCUUAGCAGCAGCUUUUACCGGUAAAAGUGUCGAAAAUGUCACCGUACGCCUUAGACGACCUGUCUAGCUUGUAAUCAUAGUGGAGUGUUUGGCUGAUAUUUCCCUCAGGAGGUGGUGGAGACCAAAAACAGAGCAAAUAUAGGCAGAAUAUUGGACUUAGACUGGAAGCUGGACACAACUCCAAUUGAAAGCUGAACUGCUGAAUUGCAAAUAAUAACAAGUUUCUGCAGCCAAGAAGUGUCCAAAACAUCUGUAACUGCAGCUUUAAGCUUCUCUAGUUAAUGCUAGAGCGUUGGACUUUUGCACAUCAAUGUACAGCCGUUACAUUUCAGCCAUAAAAGUUCACACAAUGCUGAUGGAACACAAUCAGCUGCAGGUUAAUCCGUCCGUAUUUAGCAGUGAACUGGAGUUUUGAUCUGGUUUCAUUUCCGCGCUGGUCCAACGGUAAUAACUGCAACUCUGAUGCUCCAGAUUUAAAAAGAAAUUUAGCGUCAGUCUAAAAAAAGAAAGCUCACACGAUUUGUGUGAGAAGGUUGUGAAACUAUUGCAGAAGUCCUUGUUCAAAACCAACAGUUACAUUAUUGUGUAAUACUAGAGGGAGGGUUUUCUAAGACAAGAGGAGAGUCCUUUAAAAACCUUUUUUGAGUUUUCAUACAGUCCCUAAACUGUGUCUAAGGCCAGUCCGUGCCUUCUAAAAGGUCAUUUCUUUACACUUUACUUGAAAUCCUCUGAUUGGUACAUCGCUGUGGGAGCCUCAGCACACUUCAGAUGACCAGUGUGUUGCUCUGGUUCAGCCUGAACCAAUUCUUCUUUGUUUGUUUUCAGUCCCAGGAGGGUGUGUGACUGAGCCUCGAGGAGCCGUUACUUGUUUUUAUCUCACUGCACUGAUAUGUUUCUGGGGCAAAAGUCAGGGGGUUUAAUACCUCGCAGGUUCAAUAGUAAAUCAGUGGUUUAUUACAAAAACACAAUUUGGCAUAUUAAAAAGCCUGUUUUUACAUUUACUACCAAUGACUGAUUGAUUGUUAAACCUUUUUGUGUUGCAUCGAAUAAAGUGCACUUUAUUUCAACAGUACAUUA